AUGCAAGUAUCGUCACACGGGGAUUUGUCCCUCCCGGGACCCAACAUGCAAGCUUCCACGCCCGCUCAGCGGAAAACUCCUCGGCAGUCGCAGCGGGAAUCAUCGGUGCGCUCAGCGCGGUUAAGUAGAUCCGAUCACGGUACCGCACGUCGACAAGACGGAGCACAAGAAAACUCGCAGCGCCGUGCGUCGACGACGGCGUCGGUGCACUCGGCUCAGGAGAAAUGGUGGCACGUCUACUUGUUCCGUGGAAUGAUCAACGAUGUCAAGCGCAGAGCACCAUACUAUUGGAGCGAUUGGACUGAUGCAUGGGAUUAUCGUGUCAUCCCUGCUACGGUAUAUAUGUAUUUUGCUAAUAUCUUGCCUGCUCUAGCCUUCUCGUUAGAUAUGUUCGAGAAGACGAGUCAGAGCUAUGGUGUUAAUGAAGUUCUCCUUGCUUCUGUUCUUGGUGCAAUUGUGUUCUCGCUUUUUGCGGCUCAGCCGUUGGUCAUUGUUGGUGUUACUGGUCCCAUCACUGUAUUCAACUAUACUGUGUAUGACAUCAUGGCUCCUCGAGGGACACCGUAUCUUGCAUUCAUGUGCUGGAUUGGGAUCUGGUCUUUGAUUAUGCACUGGGUCCUGGCCAUCACCAAUUCCUGCAACGCCCUGACCUAUGUCACCCGGUUCUCGUGCGACAUCUUUGGAUUCUACGUUGCAUGCAUCUAUAUCCAAAAGGGCAUUCAAGUUCUCACCAGGCAAUGGGGCUCCGUGGGAGAGACCUCUGCUUACCUGAGCAUUAUGGUUGCACUACUUGUUCUAAUGUGUGCAUGGAUUUGUGGAGAACUGGGCAACAGUCAUCUUUUCAAGCGAUUCAUUCGGAAAUUCCUUGAGGACUACGGUACACCUUUGACCAUCAUCUUUUUUACCGGCUUCGUAUAUAUUGGUCAGAUGAGGGAUGUCGACAUCGCCACCCUCCCUACUAGCAAGGCUUUCUUUCCUACAACUGACCGGUCUUGGCUUGUGCGUUUCUGGGAUAUCAGUACCGGAGAUAUCUUCCUUGCCAUCCCGUUUGCGCUUCUUCUCACAAUCCUAUUUUACUUUGAUCACAAUGUGUCGUCUCUCAUUGCCCAAGGAACCGAAUUUCCUCUUCGAAAGCCAGCUGGCUUCCACUGGGAUAUUUGGCUCCUCGGUCUCACAACCUUUGUGGCUGGAAUUCUGGGAGUACCAUUCCCCAAUGGUCUGAUUCCUCAGGCCCCCUUCCACACUGCUGCCCUCUGCGUUACUCGUCAGGUCACAGACGAAGACGAAUCAAAUAAGGGCAAAGCCAUUCGGGUAACAGACCACGUAGUAGAACAGCGAUUUAGCAACUUUGCACAGGGACUGUUGACACUGGGAACAAUGACUGGACCCCUCCUCAUCGUGCUCCACUUGAUUCCACAGGGUGUCAUGGCUGGUCUGUUCUUCGUCAUGGGUGUCCAGGCUCUACAGGGCAAUGGCAUUACGCAAAAGCUGAUCUUCCUCGCCGAAGACAAGAAGUUUACCUCUGCGUCGAAUCCUCUCAAGCGAAUCGAGCGCCGUUCAGCCAUUUGGGCCUUUGUCGCUCUUGAACUGUUUGGCUUUGGUGCGACUUUCGCUAUCACUCAAACCAUCGCCGCCAUUGGGUUCCCUGUUAUUAUUCUCCUUCUUAUCCCGGUACGCUCGUUUCUGCUUCCUAAAUGGUUCACUCGCGAGGAGCUUGCAGCACUCGAUGGACCGACAGCUAGUCCAUUCACGAUGGAAAGUGUUGGUGGCAACCACGGGAUGGAGGACUAUGAUGAAGCUGUGGCUAGCGGCGGUCGGGAGGAGUAUUUGAGUGGAGGUGAUGGAGUCCUGAGAAGCCGAACUUCAACCUCUCUGGAAUCUGCGGUCGAAGAUGAUGAUCUUGAACGAGGUGAGGCGUAUGAGCUCGCCUCCCGGGUUUCGCGCAGAAGGAGCACCGUUAGCAGGGUAGACUAA